AUGGCUCCCGCCGCCACAACGGACUACGAGGUCAAGGAUGGCGCCGCCCUGGAGGCGACCUCAGACGCCAUCGACGCCGUCAACGUGCUCAAGGACCAGGCCAAGCAGGACAUGGCCCAGAGGCUGGCCAACUACGACGACGAGUCCAAGUUCGACAGCGAGAAGGACAAGACCCAGUUCCGGGACUACGAGGCGGCGUGCGACCGGGUCAAGAACUUCUACCGGGAGCAGCACGAGAAGCAGACGGUGGCGUACAACCUGGCGGCGCGGCUGCGGUUCCACAGCGCGUCGCGGGUGCGGCCCGAGAUGACCAUCUGGCAGGCGAUGGAGAAGCUGGACACGCUCAUCGACGAGAGCGACCCGGACACGGAGCUGGGGCAGAUCAACCACCUGCUGCAGAGCGCCGAGGCGAUGCGGCGCGACGGCAAGCCGCGCUGGAUGCAGCUGACGGGGCUCAUCCACGACCUGGGCAAGCUGAUGCUCUUCUGGGAGGGCUUCACGCAGGGCCAGUGGGACUGCGUCGGCGACACGUUCCCCGUCGGGUGCCGCUUCGACGAGGGCUGCAUCUACCCGGACACCUUCAAGGGCAACCCGGACUACGACCACCCCGUCUACGGCACAAAGUUCGGCAUCUACUCGCCCGGCGUCGGCCUCGACAACGUCAUGCUCAGCUGGGGCCACGACGAGUACCUCUACCACGUCGUCAAGGACCAGAGCACCCUGCCCGACGAGGCCCUCGCCAUGAUCCGCUACCACAGCUUCUACCCCUGGCACAAGGAGGGCGCGUACCGCGAGCUCAUGAGCGAGAAGGACCAUGAGAUGCUGAAGGCCGUCAAGGCCUUCAACCCUUAUGACCUGUACUCCAAGAGCGACGGUAUCCCCAGCGUCGAGGAGCUCAAGCCAUACUACCUGGAGCUCAUUGAUGAGUACUUCCCACAGAAGGUCAUCAAGUGGUAG